AUGGAGGCGGAGACGGAGAAGGAGAGGAGUCUCGAGAAGAAAGCCAAGUCGGGGCUGUGCAGCCAUCCGGUGGCAAGGGCGGAGGCGGCCGCGCUGUUCACCGACGACCUCAUCCUGGAGAUCCUCUCCCGCCUCCCCGCUAGAUCCGUCCACCGCUUCAAGUGUGUCUCCAUACUCUGGCGCGACCUCAUCGCUGACCCCACCAACCGCAAGAAGAUGCCCCAGACCCUUGCCGGCUUCCUCUACACGUCCUUCAACGGCAGCGGGUAUCGCCACCACUUCGCCAGCGUCUCCAGCGGCACAGCUCCGUUCGACCUUUCCCUUCCUUACCUGCAGCUUAACAAGUACAAGGACAUGGCCCAGGUGGACACUUGCAAUGGUCACGUUCUCUACCGCGGCUGCACCAAGAAGGCGGCCCCUUGGGAUUGGGCAGAGGAUGAUUGCCGUUUUGUGGUGUGCAAUCCCGCCACUGGUAAGUGGCUCGAGCUGCCCCUUAAGCCUUCGGCGCCGGCAAUCAGAUAUAGCCAUACUGCAGCUCUGGCUUUUGAUCCGAGAGUCUCGUCGCAUUUCCACGUUGUUCAUUUUGAGGAGGACUAUGUGGCAAAUUAUAUGACAGGAGUGAGCAUCUACUCAUCGCGGACUGGAGCCUGGAGUCGCGGGGAUAGUGGGAUGGUUGAAAAAGUGCCGCUGUACUUCAGGAGUAAAUGUGUCUUUGUCGGCGGUAUCAUGUAUGUGAUUGGCGAGCUGCAGCACAUCAACACCGGCAACGAGUAUGUGUUGGUGGGGGUGGACGUGGAGGGGAAAGAGGGGAAAACACUCUGGUGCCUCAAGGAUUGUGAUAGUAAAGAAUUCGUCCUGAAGCAUACUGCCAGCAUGGAUAGGCUUCUGAGCAUGACUAGGAUGAAGUACAAGGUGGUUGAGAUUCAUCCAGAUUGCGACACCAUUUUCUUGGUUUCAUAUGGAGGUGCUACCUUGGCUGCAUACGAUAUGCGACAUCAGAAAGUUGGUUGUAUCCUUAAUCUUGAGAAGAGCACAAAACGAUUUCUAUCCUAUGUUCCUCUGUUCUCAGAGCCAUUAGCAGAUGCAGAUGGGCAGUAG